UCCAGGCUGUGGCUGAAGCAAGCAUGGCCCAGGCUGAGGCCCUGGUCCUCUUCUCCUCCCUGCUGACCCUCUGUGUUUCUACAGGGAGCCCUGAGGUGUGGGUGCAAGUGCAGAGGGGCCCCACGGAGCUCCCAUCCUUCUUAGUUCGCUGUGGGGUCUCCACAUCUAGCCCCAUCUCCCUGGUCACGGUGAGCCGGGAGGGGUUUGUGGAUGCCGGAGGGACCAAACUAGCCGUGUUACACCCAGAGCAUGGCAGCCAGGAGUGGGCUCCCACCAGCCAGGCCCGCUGGGAAACCUCAAACAGCAUCGCUCUCACUGUGACCCUGGAGCAAUCCGAACAAUCCCUGGACAAUGCUACUUUCUGCUGCGAGUUUGUGACUUUCCCUCUCGGCGUCAGGGCUGCCUGCGGAGACCUGCACGGCUCAGAGCCAGGUAUGUCUGCGGCGAGGAGGGAGACAGGGCGGACCUGGCCACCGGCUGCCCAUCUGAUACCAUUCUGUGUCUUGGACUCUCUGCCCCAGCUCCAGCCCCCGUCCUUCAAGCAGUCGUGGCCGGGAUCUUGGGAACCUUGGGGUUCCUUCUGUUUGGUUUUAUCCUCGUACUGUGUCUCCUGUGCCGUCGGCAGAGGCGCUGGUGUUUCAGUAGCGCUCAGCCAUCCCUCACCGGCACCCAGGCACGGACGCAGGCUCAGCUUUCCCGCUUGGCCUCUGCACGCGGCGGCAGCUUCAUCUCCACUGAGAACAGACUGUAUGCCUAGGCAUGAGAGAAACUUGCCCACACCGUUCCGUUCCCGACAUCCUCUGACUGUCUGGAGCACAGAAUCCCAGAACGAUGCUUGGGAGUUCUAUGACAGGCACCCACGGCCCUCUACAAGCCUUGGGACAUCAGCUGCUGCUGUCUUCAUCCUGGGCGCCAGGCCUCUCCACGAAUCUUGUUUUCUUUUUAGGCCUCUGAAAAGUGUCAUCAAACCCUGCUAGCUAGGGUGUGGUUAGUGUACGUGCUUGAGUGGACUAGGUGUGAGUGGAGGGGCUGUGACAGAGGCCCAGCUAUAUCCUGUCU